CAACAACCAUUGAAAUUCAAUCUCAAUCCCAUAAAUAGUAUGUGUAUUCGGUAAUAUCAAAUAUCGAAAAAUUCGAUACACACAAAUGCCGGUACCAAACUUCCAUCUCUACUCGAAGAUACAUUCAAACGCUCUCCCUCUCGUUCCAAUGCCGUUGGCGAUAGCUGCACCGGCGAACAAACCUCCGGACCCCCCCGCCUCAGCAACAACAACAUAACACUCCUCAACCAGAUGCAGGGGUGGUGGUCACUCCGAUUUCUUACUAAAAUGUUCUUAUAGGCCAAAAUUUGGAGAAAGCUGUCAAGGGAAUUCAAUGGACGUUCGUGGGAGAACACGACAUGAUGGCCAAUACCUUCAAUGGUGAUCCGGCUCUCAACUUCUCAGAAAAAUUCAAAGAAACGCUAUGUGAUCUGUGGAAAAAGACUCUUGUGAUUCGCCUUCUAGGCCGAUCAGUUUCCUACUCUUACCUGUGUUCGCAUCUUAGAUGGAAGUGGAGGCCUGCAGGAGCAUUGGAUAUCAUGGAUCUCAAUAAUUAGACCUUCCUGGUGACUUUUAGCAAUGAUGAAGACUACCUUCUAGCGGUCACAUGAGGACCAUGGGUGAUCCUUGAUCAUUACUAACUGGUUCAUCAAUGGACACCUAGUUUCCGUUCGACUGACAAACCCCAUUGAUCGGUUGUCACCUAGGUUCAGUUCCCCGAGUCGUCAGUCCAUUUCUAUCAUAGAGAAGUCCUCUUUGCAAUUGGGAAUUUGAUUGGGCACAAAGUCAAGCUGGACUAUCAUACGAAAAUGUUGCAAAGGGGGGAGUUUGCAAGGAUUGCAAUCGAUCUGGACAUGACAAAACCGCUUCCGACGAAGGUCUAUCUUGACGGAAUACAACAACAGGUUCUUUAUGAAAAUAUCCCUCAAAUUUGUUAUGAAUGUGGCAAAAUCGGGCAUCUUGAAGAUCAAUGUCCCGAAUGUAAUCCACCCCAUGAGAUAGUUUUGGCUGUGGUAUCUGGUGACACCUUGAUGAAUCCACCGGUGAGCCAGUCGUUGGAGCUCCCCACCGGCUAUGGUCCGUGGAUGCAAGUCACGCGGAAAUCACGAAAACAGACGAAGAACAAAAUGGGUAAUUCGUCAAACUUACCUUUGUCAAUUAGCAUGGAUUCAGGGAAAAUCGCAUCAAAAUCAGGUGGAAAGGGGAAAGUGGACAAUCAUAAAGGCGCAAUCUCAGCGGAGAAUAAAGGAAAUAAAGAAACCAAAGAUGAAGAGAAGAAUGCAAGGAUCACAAAAGGGGAAAGCAGGGGAUAUGGAAACAGAGGCUGCCAACGGGAAAAAGAAGCUCAACGGCUCUCAGGAGUGGCGGUUGAAGUAACCCAAAGAAAAAAAUAUACAAUCAAGCCCAACCCUGGUUUCGAAGGCCCAAAGCUCACAUCUGGGACAAGCCUCCUCUUCAAGAUCGGCCCCCUCGCAGGAAGUGAUUCAGGGCCCGAACAACACGAUGAUUCAUCUCCUAUCGGUACCUAAGUUGACGACUGGUCAGAAAGAAAACCUUGACCCAAAUUCAAAACGAAUUUCAGCCUGCCAACGGUCACAGAGAAAAAAGGAGGAGAAUUCCCAGACUCAACCGCAAAACAAAGGCAUCAGUCUCAGGGCAACUGAUAAGGAUAAAAAUUGUAUGAUUGA